UUGGGGAAAGAGUGAGUUGGCCGUGAGCGAAAGUUCUUCUCGUCGUUUUAAACAGUUCAAUUCGAAGGAUGCCUGAACUAGUUCUCACGAAUAAAGAUAAAUGCCCUAAAGUGGCUUAACUGGAAAUAAAGUUACUGACACUGACGAAAGAAGUUAGGUUUCUGUGGGCGAAUUGAAUACGGAUACGGGCUGAAUUUUCCGCGACGAGACAUUAUGAAAGGAAGGUAAAUAUGAAUACUUUGAACUAUAAAGUUGAAUGCUUUUAGAAUAAGCUUUCCCAAGCGAGAGGUUUCUCAAGGGGGCAUGCACUACAUGGUCGAUCACUAUAAGUGUCGGCCCGUUCAAAGACAAAGGGGACAAUCGAGCAAAUUUCAGUGCGAUCUUAGGCUCUUCACUGUACUGUUCAAUACAUUCCAUACUGCACUACACUGCAACCGUACAAUACUGUACAGUACCAUACUAGUCCACACGCUGCUGUAACUCUGACGAUACACACGUAAUAAUCUUACAACUUGUCAACAAGAUGUGUUCGCAACAGGCUUGUAGCAAGCUUGUCAACAAGUUGUAACAAUGCUGUUAUUUUAUCAAGUUGCUACAAGGUUGUCACUCACAGCUUGUUGACAAAUUGUUGAAUAAUAAGAAUAGUUGUUGGAACAACUUGUAGCAAGUGUGUUGAGCUCAACAAUAUUGUAGCAAGUUGUCAACAAGCCGUUGAAAACUUGUCAACAAGCUGGGAACAAGCAGUGCGAACGCAUCCUGUUGACAAGUUGCUGGAACAGCAUUGCUACAAAAGUCUGCUGAAGGUUUGUUACAACUUGUGCGUUUUUACGUGUGUAGUUAGUUACAUUAAACACAGCAGCUCACAAAUAUACUAAUCCACACAACCCUUUCUUAUUCUAGAUGGUCUCUCCUUUUAAUUCUCACUCUCUUUCAACCUUCUCGAAACAGCAGCCUUUGUCCUAAACUCUGCCAGUGUCGGACGCGCCAUGAACCUGCUACAUAUGUCUCCAAUGCAUCCGCAAUGAACCUUGUGUCUUGUGAUCGUCUUGGUCUCAAGUCGUUUCCAAAGAACAUUGACCCAAAUGUAACGCAUCUGUAAGUAUGGGCGUUCGUCUUCCCAAUGCAGCCAACUUUCUAUUGUUAAGCAGUAAAGGCUGUUUUCCACUAGGCGGAAUUUUGCGCGCGGAGCGGAAUUUUUCUUUGUCUUUUCUAAUUAGUUCCACCCGAGAAAUCACAAGACAAAGAAAAAUUCCGCUCCGCGCGCGGAAAAUUCCGCCUAGUGGAAAACAGCCUUAAAAGUUGAAACUGUUUCUGAGAUCACAGGAGAAAUUUCGCAUGGCUAAAUUCUAAGUUUUGAAGGAUUUGUAAGAAUUGUUUGAGGAAGCUGACUCGUUGUUUAACACAAAGUCUGUUCCCUCAAAUAUUUCUUACAAAUUCUUCAAAAUUUAUCUAUGCAAAAUUCCUACUGUGAUCACAGAAACGUUGAUAGUGAUUGGUGUUACCAUGCGGCUUAAGGUUAUCAACUCAUUUCAUGUUUUAAAGGCGCAGUUCAGCCUUUUGAAUGAUGGUUUUUAAGGUGAAUUUCAGCCCUUUUAAUUGAAAAAACUAACUAGGAAAAUCAAUUAAGCAUAAUUCAAGAUAUAUCCUGGGAGGGGGAUCCAGAAAAAAACAUACAGAAAUAUAAAGAAAAAAAGGUCUACCUUUAAGUUGAUCUAUUGGGUGCCAACCAUUUCAUUUUUCUUUUUAUCCUAGAGAUUUGAGUUCAAAUCACAUUUCUGAUAUUUCUGUCAACGAUUUUCGGAAUCUGUCUUUGCUACGAGAGCUGUAAGUACUCGAGUGUUGCGCACACGAAAUUCUCCCUUUGGGAAAAAGUUUUUUUGUUUCUCAAGUGCGAUUAUUGUUUGUUAGUUUUGAACCGUCAAUGCCACUUGAUAGUUUACAAAUUUCAUGUAUAACCUACUUCUUAUUAAAAUAUUUAGAAUAUUGACCGACAAUCCAAUAAUGACAAUUCCCGCAGGUGCAUUUGAUUAUCUUACAUCACUACAAAGCUUGUGAGUAUCACAAUUAUACAUCACUUGACUUGUUAACAAGGCAUUCAGCUUAUUUGACACUUUAAAGUUUGCCGAAAAAUCAUGGAUUUCCAACGACGGUUAUAUCUUACGACAUUUUCGCAUAAACGUUUGCGUGAUCAGAGCUUUGUGAUUAUUAUACAAUACUGCAUGCAUGGAUUACCGCACUGUUUCUCUUGUUUUAAUAUAUAUUUGUAUACAUUAAAAUAGUUAAAAGUUCUACAUGCUUUUUUUUAUUUAGACAUCUAAGUGAAACUUUUAUCGAAACUAUUCCUGAGUUCACUGUUUCUUCGUCUGUUGUUUAUUUGUAAGUUACAUAUUUCUUAUCAUGCAAAGAAAAGUUGAUGUAUAAAAUUUCUCCACCACUAAACGAUGUUCAACGAAUGAUCAGGGACGCCGGAACGAUGUGAAGGCAAGGGGGGCAGAUUUUCGUGAAAGGGCACUUUUGAAUUGAUAUAUACUAAGAGAUGUUUGCAAAACAUCGGGAGUUGCACUUCGCCUAAUCAUGUUUUCUAUUUAUUGGAUGAUAGAGGUGUGAGGGGGUUCUCCGCCAGGCGAUUGUGCUAUUCUUGAAAGUCGAUGACUGCAUUUCUUGCGUUUUCUGAAGCAAAUUCGUAAAAGAAUUGCACUAACAUUUCUGACAAUUCGCUAUUUCGCCAAGGCAAUCCUUUAAAUUGAAAGGGCACCUUUGCCCCCCUUGCCCCUCCUGGUAAAGGGCAAAGGGGGCGGCUGGCCCUCCUGCCCCCCAGUUCCGGCGUCCCUGCGAAUGAUGUAAAUAUCUUUGCACAUGAAGCCUUCAUCGAAGGGGCCCACUCUCUCACAUCACAGAAAUGUUAUAUAAUACAACUAUACCUCGACUUUAACUUCCCGACGAAAGGUCGAAGUUCUCCUUGUAUUUUUCAGGUAGUUGUAUCCCUACCAAUCCGAAACUUUCUUAUUAUUGCCACUCCCUACAUUGGCACCGACGUUCAAUGUUAUAUAAUAGUCUAUGAAGCAGCUUCACGAUAGCAGAGACUCGUUUCAUUUUUCCUGUGAUCUUAUAGAUAUUUAGACAAUACCAAUGUAGAAGAACUCACUCCAAACAGUUUGAGACAUUACUCAAAAUUGGAAGGCUUGUAAGUAUAGCUGCAUUGAUUUUAUUUUGUCUCACGCUUGCUAAGUCGCAUGUCAGAAAAAUGUUACCAGUUUGGCUUUAGAAUACUCAACUAAACACAUUUGCAUUCUGCACUCGACCCGACAAGGAAGGACCCUGACUGGAGCUCUAUACAUUAGGAAUAGUAGCUGCUUAUUAUUUAAUCAGCAUAAAAAUUUCAAUUUUUUGUCUGUAGAUACCUGAAAAGAUCAAAAAUCAAACGCCUCGUUAAUGGUGUAUUUCAACACGCAAGAAAACUAAAAUAUUUGUGAGUAAGCUAGCUGUGUUGUGCUCUACCUAUGAAAGUUAAAUCGUUCACUAAAGCCUGACCAUUGUGUACAGGCUGAUCGAAUAUUCAAUGCUGAAUCAUAUCGAAGAGGGCGCUUUCAACGGACUCCAAUUGCAUACACUGUAAGUUUUUCACUUAAAUUUUUUCUAUGACUUAUCGUUUGCUAACUGCAAGUACUGGACUGUAGGGAUGAAGCGAUUUGCGGUUGGAUUUGCAGCUAUCAAUGUGCCUUCAACUUUUAAGUAUGCCUUCAUAAUAUAGAAUGCAUACAUCACCAAGGUUAAAACAUAUUCAUAAUUAGCGCAAUUUAUAAUGUGCUUUCACUGUUUUAAAUUGUACAUAAUUUUUGAAAACAUGUAACAAGCUAUAGACGCUCGUUUUCUUCCCAGGAGUCUGCAAGGAACUCGUAUCCGUUCUCUUCCUGUGAACGGUCUGGAAGAACUCAUCAACCUCAACUUAGAAGAUGUGUAUAGUCUCUGGCAGUUAUACGCUUCACAACUGCCAAACAUCAGACACCUCUUGUUGACGUACGAGUUUCUGUGUUGCCCUUUUGUGGAUAACCUUUUCGACGAUACUUGGGAGGUGGGCAGAAAUGAACAGGGGGUGUUGCAGGAGUGUAAACACACUGAGGCUGUUCCUACUGACUUCCCUCGUUCCACGAUAAAUCCACGCUCCACCAUAAAUCCUCGACGGACUGUGAAUGAUCCACCCUCGAGCUUGCCUGAGAAAACUUAUUCCACAUCAGUGUCUUCGCAUUCAAACUUACCAAAAACCUCUGAGAAAUUAUCUUCGCAUUUACCGUCUUUGUCAAUCUUUACAAACAAACCUAGAUCCACUGAUCGUCCAGUUCGCAAAAGAAGAAACUCUUCCUCCCAGAAUUAUUCAUCCAGUCAUAAAAAGACUACAAGCCAAUCCUAUCUCCCUACGAGCUUACCUAAAGAACUCCAUACAUCUACACGGCAAAGCAACAAAGAAUCUACUAGCUCUAAAUUGCUUUCCACCUCACCAUCAACACUUGCAAAUCAUACGAAAUUUUCUAACCGUUCUCCUAACCCUGCCAUGAGAGUCCAAAAUGAUUUCAUUUCGCUCGCAUAUAAUGGUUCAUUGUUAGUGUUUACUCUCGAUCCUUGUGACUUGGGGCCGUUGCCUACGGGACCGGUUGAAGUGUCUCAGUUGAGAAAAAAGCGAAUCAUUUGUCGGCCGAAACCGGACGAGUUUAACCCUUGCGAGGACCUGCUCGGCUCGGUCGCCCUACGAGUAUCAACGUGGUUUAUUUCCGUGUGUGCUACCAUAGGGAACCUAAUCACUUUAAUUGUAAUUCUGCUGAAUCGUCGUAAGCCUAGCAACCACAAGUUACUCAUGUGUGCCCUGGCAUUCUCUAGUCUUUGUAUGGGCGUCUAUCUCAUCAUUCUGGCCACAGUGGACGCGAGGACGAAGGGAUAUUAUAACAAAUACGCUAAGGAAUGGCAACACGGAGUCGGGUGCAAAGUUGCCGGCUUCCUAUCAAUAUUUUCCACAGAACUGUCAGUUUUUACAUUGAACAUUAUAACUCUCGAGCGGUAUUACGCAAUCGUAUUUCCUUUGCGCCAGACGAAAUGGAUGACGGUCAGACAAACAGCAAUCUCGCUAGUGCUCAGUUUCUUGGCCGCGUUCGUCUUGGCCGCGUUACCGCUGACCGGCAUAAGCUCCUACACCAAGGUCGCAAUUUGUUUACCAUUUGACGUCACAAGUCUGGCGUCCAAAAUUUACAUCACAUUUCUACUGGCCAGUAAUGGCGCAUCUUUUUUCGCCGUACUUUUUGCCUACAUUAAAAUGUACUUCAAUAUUCAACAUACGGCGCGGGCAUCGUUCGCCGACUUAAAUAUCGCGAAAAAAAUGGCGGUGAUAGUUCUGACGAAUUUCGCAUGUUGGGCUCCAAUCGCUGUGUUUUCGUUAAUUGCGAUUUAUGGGGAACCUUUAAUUGACGUCGCGAUGUCCAAAUUCCUAAUGGUCUUCAUUUUCCCAAUCAAUGCGCUAACGAAUCCGUUUUUGUAUUUUUUGGUCACAAAACGUUUUCAACAAGAUUUGCGCACCGUGUUCGACCGCUGUCGUGUUUGCGCGUGUUGCGCGGGCUCAAGUUAUUCAAGACGAGAAAGGACGGAGUCUUUUCGUACGAGCAUCACGCGAAUAAAAUUGCGUUCUCGCAGCGGGAGUGGUAAUAGCCUCAUUUCAAUGUUUCGCCGAUCCCCCGGAAGAAGUAGUGUGGAGAACCAUAGUAGUACUCCAAGGCAUUCCGUACCCCGGGGGUCCGAGGACAGACGCGGCUCGAUACUGCAAAGGGCAGUGACCUUCCUGUUGCCGGCUCUAAACAGCAGACGACAAAGCGAGGGAGAUGGUGCAAUGUUAAACUCGAAAACAGCACGGAGAAAAAGCUACGAUAUAGCAUCGAAAAAUAAUAACAUACUCCCAGGAGAACCUCGAAAUGUUGAUGAGAAUAUGACGUGUUUAGUUUCAAGUUAUCGUGAGCGUCAACAAAGCGAAAAGGAAUGUGAAACUCCUUUUAUCUACGAGUCUGCUUGUUAAGGCCUCGGUAAUCAAUAUCAAUAUUUUUAAAUUUAAAGGGUUACGGCAAAAUAUUUUUUUAUUAU